GUCCGGUGAGGCAGCGAUGUCCCGGAGCUCGCGCGACGCAGCCGAAAACCGCGCGACCUUCAACCGAGGAGGGGUAUAUUUUCAGUGCACGCGCUGUACGGCAAUGCAGGCUUCAUUCCGGCGCGCGCUCGCUCUUCCGUUCACAAAGUUCCCAGCAGCGCGCGCAGAGAAUCAGAGAAUGAGCUCCCAGUAAUUUUAGGGGUCCAAGCACGGAUGCAGCUGAAACCUAGAGGAAAACCAUCAAGAUGGCCGCCCGCUUCCUGUUUUUCUUUGACUUCGACGAGACGCUGAUCGCCGAGAACAGCGACGACUCUGUGGUCCGUGCCACGCCGUUAAAAAAGCUCCCCGCGUCCCUGAGCGAUAGUUGCCGUCCCGGAUUCUUCUUUAAGCACUCACAGAGAAUCUUGACGUUCCUGAGCGAGUGCGGCGUCACCGAGGACGCCAUCCGGGCGGAAAUCGAGCAAAUCCCGACCUCUCCGGGCGGAGCGGCGCUUCUCGACUUCCUGCUGGCUCGGGACGACUUCGAGUGCGUCGUCGUCUCGGACGCUAACUCGUACUUUAUCGAGACUUGGUUACAGCACCUCGGUGCUCGCAAGCUUUUCGCCAAGGUUUUCACCAACCCGGCAGAAUUCGACAUCAACGGACGCCUCGUCUUGCGCCCUUUCCACUCCCACACGUGCGCCAAGUGCCCAGAGAACAUGUGCAAGCAGGUCGUCCUGAGAGACUACAUGAGCGAAAGGGUGAUGGAGCGAGGGGAACCGUUCCAAAAGGUGUUUUAUAUAGGGGACGGAGAAAACGACGUCUGUCCCACGCUAGCGUUGGGACAACACGACACGGUUUUCCCUCGGAGAGGUUUCCCCAUGCACAGGAUCAUUCAGGAUCUCUGCAAAACGCAGCCGGGCGUGUAUAAACCCUCGCUGAUGCCCUGGGAACGAGGCGAAGACGUGGUGGACUUCCUGAAGGAGAUCUUGCAGGAGAAAUAACCGGCUCGAGCGGAACGAGUGAACGAGUUCGAAAAGAAUAAGGCGGAAGGAAGGAGAUUAAAUGACACACACAGAUACCUAAUACACACACAAACCAGCAGCUGAGACAUGAUUAGCCUUGCAUGAGCCUCGCCAGAAUAUAAAAGUUCAGAGUGCGGAAAGAACCAGAAAAAAGGAGGAGUUCUGAGGACGUUAAACCUCCAACAAUCAAAGGCUAAAGGCUAAUGCAAGGCUAACUUUUAUUAAUGUCUUCCUGAACUCUAUCACACACACACACACACACACACACACACACACACACACACCCACACUCAUACUGAUAAUACACACAUGAACACUAAUCUAUUUAACACAGACGCAUUCAUACGGAGGCUAGUUCCAAAUGCUCAUGCACACAGAGGCUAGUCCCUCUCAAGCUAAUUCCACUUACACACACACACACACACACACACACACACACACACACACACACACACUAGUCUCUUGUGUAUGCUAAUUAUCAGCAUGUGUUGUGCUGUUUGUGUAAAAACAAACCAUUUUCUAAAAAAAUUCACACUAAUUAGCGUGUUAUAUAGCUACUACUAUAUGAUCAGAGCAAUUUUUUUAAAACACCAUGUAGGCCACGCCCACAAGCACAAACUACAAGUGAAUAUCACUUGCUAGCGUGAACGUAGGUUUAGAGCCAUAAUAAACAACCAGACGCAGAGUUUUUUUCCUGCUUCUUAAUGGAUUUUAGUGUGUUUCUGAUGGUCUGUAAUGGUAGUUUAAUGGAAUGUCCUGUCCCUAAUGGUUUCUGAUGGUUUGUCUCAUUUUAUUUUGAUGCUAAUCAUCGACCCAUGAAAGAUGGCCCUUCUGGGCUGUAGUGGUAUUUAAUAGUAACCAAUAAAACUCCUAAUGGAAACCUA